UCGGGGUUGCAGUCAGGGUCCAGGUGUUUCUAAUCAUAGGAGGGCCCACUAGUAGUUAUUCUAGAUACUACCCUAGCUGCUUAGAUAGAAGCCCAGAUAAUACUACCCCUCCAAAUAUUUCGGAACCUCCGCAACCACUUUCUUUCUGAUAAGCUUUGGUCAUACUCUUUACUCACUAGAAGAAACGUUAUGGAUACUCCCGUUAUUACUGCUGUAGCGAGGACAUCCUGCCAGCGGUGCUACAAGCGCAAGAAGAAAUGUGAUAGGGCUUUACCGCAGUGCGAUAACUGUAGAACGGCCAACGUGCAAUGCAGUUUUCUAGAUGGCGACCAGCAGAGUGGCACAUAUCCAAUUGCGUUUGUUCAAGGCCUUGAAGCCAAGAUUCAAGAAUUGGAAGGUCAACUCGCAUUGGCACUAGAAGCUGCACGCGAUCGUCCAGAACCAUCGCUAGACAAUGGCCAGUCCGGGACCCAAAGUAUCGGAAACUCAACGCAUGUCGACGAGGCCCUUGGGAGUGACUUCUCUCCCUUUUCUAGUCAUGGACAAGCACAGUCGUCCAUUGAACAAGUUCCGGCCAUUUCUAUGGCCCGGGAGCUACGCAUUCUUUCCUUGGAGGCGACAGCAGAACGACACUUGGGUUCUUCUUCGGGUUUGUCUUUCGCCAAGUUGACGCAGACAAUCCUUAAACGCCUCACGCCAGAUCGAGCAGAUUUCGUUUUUGGAAUUUCCCAAGGGGACGACUUAUUAGGGCAGAUAAACUGGGACUCCCCGCCGGAUUUCUUUCACCCUCAUAUGAUGAAUUUCCCCAACAUCUCUGGAUUUGGACCGACCCUGUUUGGAGAUAUGUCCUUGUCCAGCAUCAUAGAGCCUUCUGGUUCUCUCUCAGAUCUGGGCCUACCUACGAAGUCGCGCGCCGACCAGUUGGCGUCUUUUUACUUCGCGCAUAGCCAUACUUUAUACCCUAUAAUCAACCAAAGCGAGUUCCUCACCUUGCUAGAUCGUAUCUACGAGCAUCCUCUAGAUCCCUCUACCAUGGAUCCUACAUCCUUAUUUAGAGUCUGGAUGGUUUUAGCAAUCGGCUCUUCGUCACGUUGUUCGGUCUCGGUGGUCGAAGAGUCGGAAGCUUUACUCUAUUAUAAUAAGGCCCUUGAGUACUUCGAAGCCGCAUUUGACUACGGUGAUAUGGUAGCGCUAGAGACCAUCAUGCUUCAGGUCUCCUUCUCCUUCUUCAACCAGCUUGGCCCAAACACCUGGUUCCUAGUUGGCACGGCAGCCCGUAUGGCUAUCGGCUUAGGUCUCCAUACUUCUUCCGCAUAUGAAAGAGUCCCUUUCGAUGUUGCGAACAUGAGAAAGCGGAUUUUCUUCUCCAUUUACAUGAUGGAUCGUGUGAUAUCUAUAGCUCUUGGACGCCCUUUCGCGUUACAAGACGACGAUAUAGAAAUAGAGCCUUUUAUCGAUGUUGAUGACGACCACAUUAACGAUCUCGACGCUCGGAGCCGAGACAGGCUAGAACCUUCUCUCAUGUCUAUUCCACGACAUAUUUUAGACUUGAGGAGAAUUGCUAGUAAGAUCAGUAGACAGGUCUACGGCAAUCAAUCAAUCAUCCAGGCAAAUAUGCCUCAUCGAGAAGAGAUUAUCCAUUCUCUCCACAAAGAACUUAUUGACUGGCGACGUAACAUGCCGUUCCCGCUCCCUGACGUUCAUCCGAGAGUACCUCAUCUCAGUAGUAAUUGGUAUGACUUCAAUUACUACACACAUAUGGCUAUGCUAUACAGGCCUUCGCCACUAUUCCCGACUUUAGACCAAGUCAUGGUCAAGAAGCUGGCGAAUGCCGCGUCGAUGUCCAUUCGCCAGGCGUACACCAUGCACCGUCAAAAGAGGUUCGCCUACAACUGGUUGAAUUUGCUUUCGCUGUUCAUGUCAACUAUCUCGUUGAUAUACGCAUCUACCGCCCAACCACAGGAGCUCGUCAGUUAUUUGCAGAAGGCUCAAGUUAUCGAUGAUCUCGAGCUUGUUCUCCAGCUUUUUGACAAGCUGAACGGCAAGUUCUCAGGUGCUAAGAAUAUUCAAUGUAUUAUCGAUAGGGUCCUUCGAAGAUACAAGGAAAUGUGUAACAUGAAUACGCCGAGUUAAGUUGGGUAUGAUUUAAGGUCAUUUAGCAUGGGAUCUGGAAUUAGCUCUUAUGAGGUUUAAA